AUGAGCGAAGCAACAAGUAUUGCUGCUCUGUCGAGUGAUAAGAGACAAAUACUGCAUGAUCCAAUGCUAGUGGAGGAUUUUAGCGAUGUUGUGAGACCUGUUAUAAAAUCAGAGGAAAGUGGAAGUGUGGUAGUAACGGCAAAUACUAAUAUGAUUGCACCUGAGGAGCCACAGCAUGAUAUGGAUUACUCUGAUAGUGAAUUUGAGGAUAAUCUGGAACAACGAAUGAUGGAGUUACGAGGUGGUACAAUAUCGUCUACAGAUACGUCCUUAAAUGAGGCUCGAACUGAAAUACGAAGUAAACUAGAACAAGAAGAACCUUCAUUGGAAUUUUCCGAUGAUGACGAGGAUGAAGAAGAUGGAGAAGAUCAUAAUGAUGAUGUAGAUGAUGAAGAUGGAGAAGAAUUCCAACCUUUGGCACCACCCCAAGAGCUAGACCCAGAUAAGUUGUACGCGUUGUACGCUUUUAAUGGACCCGACACCUCGCAUUGUCCCUUAGAACAAGAUGAAGCAUGCCUCUUGUUAAAUGAUCAGGACUCUUAUUGGUGGUUAGUUAAACGAUGCCGGGACAAUAGAAUUGGUUUUGCACCAGCUGAGAUUCUUGAAACAUUUCCUGAGAGACUAGCAAGACUCAACUGUUGGAAAAAUGAGAACUUGUCAUCAUCGUCACGACUGGAUGAAAAAAAUAAACUUCAUUUGGAAGGUUACAAUAAGAGCAGUAAGUCUGUGUCGUUCAAUGAUAUUGUUAGUUAUGCUGACCGAUAUGUCGACAGUGAUGAAGAACCUCAACAUGAAGAUACUUUUGGUAACGAAGCUACAAGGUUUAACGAUGAGACCAGCGAUACUGUUAGCGAUGUUUCCUUUAGUACUGGAUAUACUCAACCAUUAGUUUACAAGAAGACAAGAAAACAACCGGAGAUCGACGAUGAGAAAACUCUGCAGAAUGACAUCGAGGGACUGCUAAACCCUACUGUUAUCACCAGUACACAACACACAAGUGGGAUCAAUGAGAAUGAAGAUGAAGAUGAUGAUCUAACAAAGGUAUUUGAAGCACCGGUAGUACCCUUUAAACAAGGUAAAUUGCGCACCUCACGCUCGGAAAAUUCAAUAUCAUCUAUAGGUGAAUUCUCACCAUCCUCAUCAUCAGACCAAACUAAUGAUUCUCCCCAAGAUCACAUAACUACAGAAUCACCACUACGACUUUUACCACAAUCACAUGCUAUUAAUUCUAUUUCAAAUCUUGUAACGUCACAAGAACUUUCGCCAGAGACAUCUCAAGAGGAGCUGUCAAUGGUUCCAUCCACUAAGGAUGGCUCUCCACAUCCUGCAAUUGCCCGCAUUUAUGACCCGUUCUUCGCAGAGAUCGAUAAUAUGUUGCAACAUCUUGAUCUAUUGCUACAACCACAGUCAUAG